AGAGAAAUGGAAAAACUGUCGAAACAGUAGGCAUUCAUUCGCAUUUUCCCGCUGCUACAAUGUAAAAUUAUUACUGAAUGCCUUUUUUUGGCUUUUUGGAACCUCUUCAUAAUAAACCUUUAAUGCGUUUUGGGGACAACUGUAAUGUUGGAUUGUACGAAAUUUAAGACUUGAUCAAUAUAGCGUGGGUUAUGUAGCCUAUUCACCCGAUUCCUGGAAUCCAAUUCUUAGGCCAAAUAAAUAGCGAACCUAUAGUGGACAAGUAGUGUGUAAUAAUGUGGACCUAAAUAGCCCUUACCGAUAGUCAGCAGUUUAAAUACACCACGCACUGUGCUUCAUGGACAGGGGUUAAUUUCACGGAAAGCUCACAGAUGACGAGAUGCUGCGCAGUAGCACAGGACUCGGGGAAAAACCAAGGGGUGUUACGGCCAGCCGUGAGAGAGAGGGCGGGGCAACAGCGUUUAGAAGAGAACGUGUUUUUAACCGACUGUAAUCUGAUCCCACUAACAUUGGCUUGGUUUUGAAAAGCGGUGUAGCGGUCAAGACCAGACUUCCGUGCAGCAGCAGUGGCAUCAACCUUCACUAUUUGCGGUAGGAAUGAGGCUAACAUUUCGGCUGGAUCCCAACACGCAAUGAACCUUAAAAUUGGCAAAUCAUACUGCAGGCAAUGCGUUGUAAAAUAAGCGGCUGUUAGGGGAAAGGGACAUGCUAUGAUGACCAUGUCGCCACGGAGGAGCGGAAUACCCUCAUGACAAUGGGAGCAUGACGUAGGAUAUCUUUUAUUUUUUUUCUCUGUGCUUUUGUUUAGUUUUAUUUUAACACCGCCGUGUCUAUAGAAAUGGGAACAACAUUGCUAUUCCCCAUGAAGAAUCAUAUAACCAAUAUGGGAGAGUGGUCUUUUGAAUAGGACGGCCAGCGGAAAUACAGAGGCUGAGUUCUUGUCAAUGUGAACCCAAGGAGCAAACGUUUGGAUUAUUUCAUAUUUUCCAUGUUUUCAGGGUAUAAAAUGAAUUCUUUUAUUUAUUAUUCCGACGCUUCAUCCAUUCCCGGUGCUGCUGCAAUCCCUGUAAAUGCCCAGGCUGCCGGACCUGGUGUAGUGGUAACCAGUGGCCUCCGUAAUGAUUUGGGUUCCAACAUCCAUGUGUUGAAAACGCUCAACCUCCGCUUUCGUUGUUUUCUUGCCAAAGUCCAUGAAUUAGAACGCAGGAAUAAGUUACUAGAGAAUCAACUACAACAGGCUUUACAACAAGCUCGCUACAAAGCACUUUUUUGUCGCGAGCAAGCCACUCAAACGUUUGACACUGCCUUGGACUUUCCCAUAGCGGGACACCUCAGACAGUCGCGGUAUCCUGGUAGGAUAUGGAAUUUCACCCAGGUUAGAAGAUAUGGGGAACGGUUCGAAACCCUCCACAGCCCCGGAAUUUCUUGGAUGUAUCCAGAUGGUAUUGGGGUUCAGGUUGACACCAUCACUCCAGAACUGCGGGCCUUGUACAACGUUUUGGCCAAAGUCAAGCGAGAGAGAGAUGAAUACAGAAGAAAAUGGGAGGAAGAAUUGUCCAGACGGCAGCAGAUGGAGUCUAUGGUGGAGACAUUACAGGAGAAUGCCCACGAGUCGGAUGCCGUCCAGGAGGAGCUCUCAGAGAAGGUUGAGCGUCUUAAAACAGAGCUGGUGGUCUUCAAGAGCCUCAUGACAGAUGAUCCUCAACAGCAAAAUCAGCGGCUCGCUAGGGCUCCCCGUUUAAGUCAACUAGAGGCCGCCUGGAGAAACGAGGAGCUGAAAGAAAUGUCCGAUCUGGACACUAAGAUCCAGGAGAAGGCGAUGAAGGUGGACAUGGACAUCUGCCGACGCAUCGACAUCACCGCUAAGCUGUGUGACGUGGCCCAGCAGAGGAACUCCCAAGACAUGAGCAAGAUGUUCCCCAUCAGUUCCUCCAGGGCACCUCCAGACCAGAGCAAGGGGGCCAUGGUGUGCAGGAAGAAAGAGCCCAAGCCGGUGUCUGACGAGGAAGGCCAGGAGCUGGAGCUGGCGUUAGCGCUCGAGGCCCCUCCAGAAGAAGAGGUGCCGGGGUCUGUCAACAUCACAGACGAGAUGAAACGCAUGCUCAACCAGCUAACUGUCUCAGAUAAUUCCUCUGUUGCCAGGCGGGAGACGUUUGACUUUGACGAUGACUGUGACAGUCUGACCUGGGAGGAGAAUGAGGAGACGCUGCUGCUGUGGGAGGACUUCUGCAACUACAACGCCCCCGGCACCAUGGCCUGCGGUGGUCAGGGAGACGCCCAAGACACAGUGUCCAAUGAUACCAGCAUUGGCAGAUUGAUUGAUGAGACUGAAACGCUGUUCAAGGACAGAGAUAAGGAAUAUCAGGAGACCAUGGGACAGAUUGAGGAGGAGCUGGCCACUGCCAAGAACGACAUGAACCGCCACCUGCACGAGUACAUGGAGAUGUGCAGCAUGAAGCGGGGGCUGGACGUGCAGAUGGAGACCUGCAGGAGACUCAUCAAAGGCUCCGGGGCCAACGGCACAGACGGGAGCUCUCCCUCAUUCAGCUCCGCAGCAAGCAGCGACUCAGGGAACACCGACGAGAACCAGGAAGAGCUGGAGAAAGACGGGGAAAGAGAUGGGGAGACGGAUGGAGAGAAAGACGGACAGAAAGGAAGCGACAAAGACGAAGUGGACACGGAGGGAGAGAAAACAAGCAAAGGUGCACAGACUGAGACGGAGACACAGAAGGAGCAUGAGAAUGAGGGACAAACUAACGAGGACAGCAGAUGAUGCCUCUGUCCAUGUUGUCCAUGUUGUCCACGCUCCAUAACUCUCUGCCCAAAACAUUUAUCUCGAUUUUCUUUUCUAAUGAGUCCGAAGCGCAAGUAUUGGUGCUUUAAAAAAUAAAUAAAGAAAACUGUGGGAAUCUCUCAAAUCUCCUGCUUCAGAGGCUUCAAGCAGGCGAAACGCAGACAAGAUGGCGUUUCAGCUGCAGACUCCUUCUCACACUGCACUGCCAUAGCAUGGCUACACACCAUUCACUCCUGUUUGGCUCCAACUGCCAUCAUGGUCCAGCAGUAGUAGUUAACAGAGAGAAGAGAAUGCCCAACAGAGGCAGAUUGGAAGUCAUAGUUGGUCAAAGCCAUGUGCCUCUGACAUAAACUUGUGAUUUGGACAGGUGUGUAUCACCUGUGCAGGGAACUUCGGGUGAUGAUGUGCGAACCUUCCUUAUUCACGUGUAUGUCACUUUUGGUGUAUGCACUGUAUGCUGAGCCAUACUGGCAGGCCAACACACAUCAGAGCUACAAUCACUGUUAAACCAUUCUCACCCACCUGAAAAGAAAUCUGCUGUGGCUACCUGAUUACCUGGUAGGCAACCAUCCCGGUCGUCUGUGAUGUGAAAUGUUGAAGGCCAAUUCAGACAUUUCAUUCAAAACACAUCCAAGACAAUCUUGUCCUGUUGAGCUCUUGAUGAUAAUAAUAAUCAGGGGAUCCUCUCGGAAAAGGCUCUGGUAGUGCUGUGUUGCCAUGCAAGCGAUGGGAGUGUCCGUGCUGUUGUGUGCAAAUGUGUGUGGAGCUCAGACCCGCAGCAGUGCCUCACCCAUUCUGGCACCACCAUCGCUCAACUAAAGAAAUAGGAUCACUGUGUACCGAGUACUAUGCAAUAAGCUUGCCUUAUUUUGAAACUAACUUUUCCUGUCGAUGUAAUUCCGUCUCUUUUGUUGCCGGGCAGAUUUUUUUCUGCAUCUGUUAACAGAAAUGCCUUUUUUUUAAAGUGGGCUUCUUUGUUAUGGGAUUAUGGCCAUGAAUUGAAAAACUCAUGUCAGAAGAUCUUCAUUCCAAAGUAAAGCCACUGUGCCUACUAACACUAAUACCCACGUAUACUCCUCUGUCUCCAGUUUCUAUAGCCUUAUUGCAUUGGCUCAUAUUAUUUCCUGCUCACUGUAGCAUAUUUGGCUGUAUACUCUACAUGCCUGCUUGACCUAUGUUGGAUGUGUUGCUCAUGUUAUUUCACACUGUUUAACAACAAUGAUUUGAUUAAAGUUUUCAUCAAAUCAUGGUUCUGAAUGUUAUAACAGUAUGUUUUCAUAUGUGAUG